AGACCACUUUUCUCUCUCUCUCUCUCUGUCUCCUCUAUGCACAUAAAGCACAAAAUUCUCCAUAUAAGACUCGGAGAAAGAUAAUGGGCAAUUGCAUUUGUAUUGGGAGUAAAUCAUCAAUAGUGUGGGCAGGUGAUGAGUGGGAAGAUGAGUCUAUGCAUAUGGAAGCGAAGAAACCCAACAGACAAAAACAAAGAUUGGUGGCUCAGAAUAGAGCAUUCUCAUCAUCUUCUUCAUCUUCAUCUUCAUCUUUAUCAUCAGCAUCAUCAACUAGUAGUACAGAGGUGAAGAUCAAGAUUACCAAGAAACAGCUAGAGGAAUUGCUAGGAAGGGGGGAGGUGCAUCAUAUGCCCGUGGUCCAAGUCGUGUCUUCGUUGAUCGACGCUAGUGAUCGUUUUGAGAUUCAGCAUCAACGGUCGUGGAGGCCGACCCUAAACAGUAUACCCGAAGUGAACUAACGGAGGAUAUAUAUAUAUCACCUCAUAUUUUUUUUUUUUUUU